AUGGCCGAACGGGGUAAAGGAGCUACAGACGGAGCAAUUGAAAGCACAGAAGACAAAGUUUACAAUGUAGAUACGGAGAACAUAAAAGUGGAAGAAACGCUCGUAGACAAGGGUGGGAAAAAAACAAAGGUGGCGCGGGCAGUGGACACAAGUGUGUAUGGGCUAGUGAAAACAAGGGAAACCCGAGGGCCCAUUGAGUGCGUUGUAUUAUGUAUGAAGAACGGAGAACAAAGAACGUUAAUAAGAAAAAAAAGAAGCGACAAGAGACGCGGUUUCGACAAAACUACGAAGUCGAAUUCAAAAAAAUAA